CGCCCAAGAGGUCGAGGACCUUGUACAAUCAUGAAACUCCAAAUUCUUCGUUUAUGUCAAUUCUUUACCGGAAACCCUAAUUCUCAAACCGUUAUUUUGUGAUAUCUGGUUUGAGAAAUCAGAAUGGAAGAGCAAGAAGCUCAAAUGGAGAUAGAUGUCUAUACAGAACAAGGAAUCACAGCAACAUUUUCACUCUCUCGGACCGACACCGUGAAAACCCUAUUUUCGAUUUUCAAGGAAUCUUUUCCCCCAGCAGCUGAGGAUCAAUCAGGGUUUCAUCUAUUUUUUCAGAAUAUACAACUGAAGCAGAAUAAUCAAGUAAGAGAUGAGAUUCAAAGAAUAAUAUUCGAGAGUAAACUGGAGGAGCCGGAUCAAAUAUCAUUACUGUUUGUCCCCUAUCCAAGUUGUGGCAGUGCAAAAUGUAAUAAGGUUGAUUGUCAGUCAGGAAAUACACGUUUCAAGUACUACCGUUACGGAAGAUUGUGGAAAUUGCGCUACUUGUGUAGGACAUGCCGAAAGGAGUUCAAUUUCGACAUGCCACAACCUCCGAGGCCAACCAAGCGGCAAUCGUUGCCCGCCAAGAUCCCUCCACCACCCUCAAAGAUGUGCCUACCUCCCCCUCCACCACCCCCGGUGCCGGUUGCUUCUUCUUCUUCUUCUUCAGUCUUGGAUUUGAGUGAUCGAGUACUAGAUCACUGCAAAGCUCUACAUCAGUACACUGCCCAACUGCAAAUGGAGAAAUCGACUUUGGAAAAGAAGAAUAAGGCUUUGGAACAAGCAUUGACCUCACUUGAGGCCUCUUAUAGGUUUGAGAUCAAUGCAUUGAGGAUGGAGCGAGAUGCUUUCAAGGAGGAGCGCGAUGACACUCUUAGGAAAUUCGAGGCUAUACUACAGAGUUACAGAAUCCAUAGGUAAUGCCUCCAGUAGUCUAUUUUUAUUUGCAAAGGAACCCCAGCGGGUGACCAUCUUUCUUUUGUAACAAAGAGGAAAAUAGGUAUUCAAUUUGGAGGAAGAAAAUUUCAGAGGAUGCGCUUCAUGUACGUUAUGCACAUGUUCAGAAGGGUUUAUAUGCAUAAAUUCGAUAUCGAGUUUAAAGUUUAGUCAUUGGAGUGCAGAAUUUGAUUGCUGUGUUUUUGCAGUAUCAUGAAUUUGCAAAAAAAUAUCACGGUCAUAUAUUGAUUCAUAUCUCGCAUACAUUAUGAUACAUAAUGGACUAUUGACCACCAUUUUUGUAUAAUUUUUCACAGCAAGAUACAUAAUUUAUUGCAUAUUGCAUACCUCACAAAAGUCCAUAACACAGCUUAAAUAAAACAAUAAAAGAGCAUAUUAACAAACCUUUUUUUUUUUUUCUCUUUUUUCUU